AUGGGAAAUAAUCAAUCUGUCUAUUAUCCAAUAUUAAAUGAAAAGAAUCAAGUUAUUAAAAUUGAAGAUUAUAUCCUUUUAGCAAAUAUUAAUGAUGUUAUGAAUAGUAAAUUUUAUAAAACCUAUAAUAUAGGAACUAUUAUUUCAUGUGGAUAUCAAAAAAUAGAAUAUCUUCCUGUCCAUGUAAAUUAUACUCAUUUAAAUGCUGAUUGUUCUAGUGUUGUUAUUUUUGAAAAGUAUAUUAAUAUUAUUUCUAAUUUUAUUAAAGAUAAUAAAAGAAAUGAAAAGUCAGUUGUGAUUGUAUCUACUGAUAAAUCUUUCCAUAUAAGUUCUUUAAUUCUUGGUUAUUUUAUGAAAGAAUAUGAAUAUUCAUUUGAAACAGCACUAAAUUCUUUAGAAUCAAAAGGAUUUUUUGUUCAAUUAACUGAGAAAACUACUUCUUUUCUCAAACAAUUACAAACAAUUUGGAUUUCAUCAAAAGAUCAAUUGGAACCAUGUUUAAUGAAUGGAUUAUCUUAUCAAGAAGGAGCUAAACGAUUUUCUCCUGUUUAUAUGAACAGAAUGUGUUAA